UCUAUGCGUCAUCCGCCAUAACGUUGGAAUUUGUGAAAGUGAGCUUUGUCAGCUUUGUUAAAAUAAAUCGAAGUAUUUAUUAUUUUGUUUCUGUGAAUAUUUUAAUGUGUAAUUAAACAUGAGUGAGUGGUACAGGAUGAAAAACGGCUUCAAUAGCAAACUUAACUCUUCCGAAAUAUCGGUGGAGACUUCGUGUGAUAUAUCAGACUCUUUCAACAUAUUUUCUGAUAAUUUGAGCCCCAUACCGGCUGCAAUAGUGCCAAGGAAGUUGGAUUUUAGUUCUGUGGACGAUGAUGAGUGUAUUCGGAACACAUCACCGACUACAGCCUCCCUCAGUCCACCAUAUAAGAGAGUCAGGGCAUUAAAAUUGUUCGACAGUCCGCACACACCCAAAACCCUCCUGGAGAAGUGUUCUACGCCCUCACAUCACACUUCCAGGAUCAGACUGUUCCCACCCAAAGUUACUGCACCUAACGGUAUGUCGGGCUCCAGCCAUCACCUCCACCCGCCGUCGGACGAGGACUCCGCCCUCGGGAGUCUGCCCCCCGACGACGACGACUGUCGCAGGAGGAGACCCCUCGCCAACAUUAACCCCUUCACGCCUGACGGUCAAGCGCUGAAUAAGAAGAAGAGGGCGCUGUCCAAGACACCCACGCUGGGGGAGAGCACGCCCGAGAAGCCCGCCAAGAGACUAAGGGAGUCCAACAUCUCCCGGUACAACGUGGAGUUCAUGGAGCUGGGAGUGAUCGGCUCGGGACAGUUCGGGCGGGUGGCGCGCGCUCUCAACAGGCUGGACGGCUGUGUGUACGCGCUCAAGAGGAGUCUCCGCCCCGUUGCGGGCUCGGCGGCCGAGAGGGCCGCGCUCAACGAGGUGUACGCACACGCCGCGCUCGGCAAACACGAGCAUCUAGUGAGAUACUACUCGGCGUGGGCGGAGGACGACCACAUGAUCAUACAGAAUGAGUACUGCGACGGAGGCUCGCUGCAGCAGAAGAUGGAGGCCGGGCCGCUGCCGGAGAGCGAGCUGCUGCUCAUCCUGGCGCACGUGGCGGACGGCCUGGCCUACAUACACUCGCAGCAGCUCGUGCACAUGGACGUCAAGCCUGGGAACAUCUUCAUCUGCACCGACAACGCCGCGGCCGUCGACUCCGACGACGGCUACGACGACGACGACCUGCCGCCCGCCACGCACAAGUAUAAGAUAGGUGACCUGGGCCACGUGACCUGCAUCUCCUCGCCCUCGGUGGAGGAGGGCGACUGCCGCUACCUGCCCAAGGAGGUGCUGCAGGAGGACUUCACGCAUCUCACCAAGGCUGAUAUAUUCGCGUUCGGUCUGACGUUGUUCGAGGCUGGCGGCGGCGGUCCCCUGCCCAAGAACGGUCCCCAGUGGCACGCCUACAGAGACGGACACCUGCCGGGGCUGCCGCAACUCUCCAGGGAGUUCAACCAGCUGCUCAAGAAAAUGGUGGACCCCGACCCCAGCCAGCGACCCUCGGCGGCCAGGCUCAGGAGACACGCGCUGCUCCACCCGGCGGGGAACAAGAGUAAGGCUCAGCUCAGGAGGGAGCUGGCGGCGGCGCGGCUCAAGAACGAACUGCUCACCAGGAAGCUACAGGAGGCGGCCAGGUGUAUCAAGUCCCUGACGCCCGGACUGUGCGGCGAGACCUCGCGGCCGCGCACACGAGCCGCCAGGAGGUCCGACGAGACGAGGCAGGACAGGAGGACGAACAUAGCAACGAAACAGAUAUCAAGACACAAAAAGUAAAGAGACGAACAUCCGGAAUAUAAGAAGAGGCAGGAGAUGGUGAUGAGAGAUGUAUCAUAAGAAUCAGAACUAUAAGGAACGCGGAGAUGACUUUUGGAUCUCCAACUGACUGUUAGGUUCAGUCAGGACUAAACACUCGGCCCCUGACUGUAAGGAGUGAGCCGCGUGAGCCGCGUGAGCCGCCCGCGAGAGAUAACUUGUAAGCUUCCAUUGUACCGUUGUGAUCCGUAGCGCUAAGUCCUAGGUGUAACUACGAUAACUUAUUGUAUGCAGCUUGUACGAAUAUUAAGAGUAGAAUAGAAAUGUAUUUAUUGAUAGUUGUUACACACACAUAUAUAUAUAUAUAUAUACACGCGACCCUAUUGUCCAUUAGUGAGGUCGUGUGUAGCGGACGCGAUGAGCUGAGGCCUCCCACGAGUGACCCUGACGAGGCUCAUGGCGAGGUGACGCGAAUCCUUAAACAUAAGCUUCCAUUUAUUAUUGUAAAUUUGUUAAUUCAUAGCAGCGGACGCGGCGCGAGUCGUGUGCGAGACUCGCCGCACGUUAAUUAUUAAGUUUAUAUUCUUGUUUCCUGUGACUGUGCCUUGUAAUGUAUAUC